AUGGCCCCCGAAGUGGCACGAGUUGAGGAGGAACGACGGAAGGAGAAGGAGGUCCGCGAGACGGCUGAGGUAUGGCAACGCGGCCAAGUGGUGGUGAGCAAGAAGGUGGAGACGGUCACCGGGGCCCCAACUUCUGUUGAUAGUGAUCUCCCAGAACAGCUGGUGAAAGUGACUACUGUGGCCGCCGUCGAGGUUUCUGCUCUGCCCCCACCUCCCGGCUUUGAAGAUCGAGUCGCGGAUCGGCCUGAAGAUGAACCGGAAGUUCAAGGGGUUGAGGCCACCGCCCCCACCGACCCGGCCGCCAAGCCGAACUGGUUCCUCACCGACGAUGGUUUUGAGAAGCCAAAGAAGAAAAAGAAGAAUCGAAAA